ACAUGUAACGUUAGCAUAUUGAGGAUAUUCGAACUUCUAGCUGUUACAUUUAACAAAAGAAUGAUGUAUCUAUCUCAUCCUAAGACACCUUUGAAGCCUACAAAGAGUGCACUUCCAGUUUUUGGGAGUAUUACGAGAAGUCCAAGAACACCACCAUCCUCAUCUCUUUAUUCAGAGUCAGAUGGUGGCGUUGGAACACAAGGGGGAUAUUAUUCAGACACAUUUAUGAGUGAAUCUGCAUUUCAAGGAGGGGAUCAACAACAGAAGAAAACUCCCAGAAAAAGCCAGAUCAGUUUCAAAGAAAAUGAUAUUACUGAAACAAUUCAUACAGAAAUUCCUUUUACUGGCAGGUCAACAACAGACAUUCCUUUCACUGGUCGCACUGUCAAGUCUCUGACUGAGAGGGCCAUAACAGAAAUUGAGACUUGUAUAUCAGAGUAUGAUCAAAGUGAAAAAAUUGUUACAGUUACUGAAAAAUUACCCUCCUUGUCAGAAACUAAAUCUAGUCAGUCAUUAUAUUCCAACACAUUUGAAAGUGAUUCCCAAUUCAUUGACAACAAAUCAAGUUUGAGACCAUCUAAAAGUGACCAGGAAUCAACUGUAUAUGAUUAUUCAGACACCUUCCACUCAACUGGGCAUUCAGAAAGAGACACUACUGCUCAUGAAUUUGACGAAUCAGACUACACGCUCAAUGAAGACUCAAUGACUCAGUCAAGCACAUUUAAAUCUUUGGAGGAAACUGUUGCAUCAGCAUCGCCAACACCUGAGUCCUAUUCUGUAACUUUUGAGGCUGAUUCAGAAUCUGAAAGAGAGUAUAUUGCAGAUUUUGAGGAGAGUACUUCCCUAAAAACAGAUUACACUGAUACCUUUUUGUCCCUAGGAAGUGUGGAGGACUCCUCAGAAAAGAUUAGACAGGCAGAGGAAUUAAAGAAAAUCAGCCAAGAAGCAGAGGAGGAGUUUAUUGCUGCCAUGGUUACUCAUAUUAAACAGAAACCAAUGAGAGACUCUGACAUUUCAGCAUUGAUUGAUAAAGAGCUUGAAGGACCAGAUUAUGAGGAACUUGACAAACACUCCAAGAGAUACAUGAAGAAGAAGAUAAGGUUACUGAAACAGAAGUUAAAUAGAGGAGAAGAUCAGAGACCCCAAGAAGUGACCAAUCAGUGGGAGUGUAAGAAGAACCACCUCAUCUCAGACUAUGGAGUCCAUCCUGCUAUACUGGACAAACUUAAACUGCACAAUUUCAUCCAUGACAUGGAAAAAGCAGCACAGACCAAAAUUCAUGAUCCCAUAACAUGCAGAGAAUGUAGAGUCCAUCAGUUGUCCCUGGAUGCAGCAGCAGCUGAAAGGAAUUUCAUUCGAUUAAAAACACGAGAAGUCAGACAGAGAGAGAUGGAGGAUAAUUAUCACAAUUAUCUUGUCAGAAUGGAUUCAAUAAACUUGAUAGCAGACAUUGCUCGUUCAUUACCAAGGGCAACAGAGGACCCAGAAACCAUUGAGGACCAGUUAUUCAAAGGACUUAACCUUUCAAGAGCAAUCAGUAAAAACAGACUAUCUGCCAGUUAAUAUGUUUUCAAAGUGCAGUAAUAAAUUUGCAUUAUUAUU